AGUCAGUCGUGGCCUUGCCUAUAUUCCUUUUUUUUACCCUCAUUCCUCACCUCAAUUAUUAUUAAGGACUAUCGCAGAGCUAAUCGACGAGCCUUUCAUCUAUUACAAAAAUGGAAGCUCUGGAGCGGCGUUUGGCUGUAGACAGCGUAACUUCUGAAAAAUAUUUGCGAGUAGCAUCCAUCUCCAUUGCAUUUUACGAGUAUAUUCUUACACUUCCCGCAGAAUGGCGCUUUUACCGAAGCCAAUCAUCAGUCUUUCAUAUAAGUCUUGCCUGCGUCUUAUUUAUUCUCAUACGCUAUGUUAGUAUUAUGGCUAUAGUGGUUAGCAAUUACGGAUUCUUCUCCACCGCCUAUACCCUACAAACGUGUCAACAUUACUAUCUUGUGGCGCCUGUCUUCAAAGCCAUACAAACCAUGAUAUCGCAGGCCAUCCUAGGUAUUAGGACAUUCAAUAUUGCAAGAAGAAAUAAGCGGAUAGGAAUUGUACUAUUGCUGCUAUACCUCUUUUCAACCGCGGCGGAGUGGUUCUCCGAUCUAUUUCACCGGACUCCUGUUGUUGUUGAUGUACGUCACUGCACCUCGGCAAAUGCUGGCAAAGUAUUGUCAACCUGGUUCUACUACCUCGCUGUGAUGAUGUAUGACAUCGUAAUGGUGACCAUUUCAACCAUCUAUCUUCUGCGUUAUAAUCCUCUCAGUAACAGGUACGUCUUUCUCUCCCAAGUUUCGGGUCGCUAAACCAUUGCUGUUAGAGUAGAACGGCUAAUACGGGUGUAAGUCCCUUACCACUGGCAUAGUCAAUGUGCGUCGCUCAUCAUACUUAGCUGAUCUAUGACGGCAUCGGAUAUUUCAUCGUGUUGUCCGGCAAGUACAGUCUGUUUGUGAUGAGCACCCUCCUAACAUCCCUUCAGCGGCAAAUAUAUUGAAUCUGAUCCUUUACCGUACGACCAAUAUCGAGACUCAGGUAUGUAGGCUUGACUUCGGAUGCACCAUGGAAACUUAUAUCGACUCGCUC